GUCUGGUGACGAAACCGUAUUAGUCUCCCAAUAUCAACAUGACAAACAUAACAAUUUUACUAAUAAAAUGCUUUAUCACUUGAGGACAUGCCAGAACUUGUGAUUAAUAAUGACUAGUUUAGUUAAAUCAUCGGAUAAAGAUGUAAUUCGAGUUCAAGUUAAGAACAUCUGGGAUUUCUGACACGUUUAACAGCCCGCUAAUUCAUCCUAUUGACUUAAUAUUUGUAUUGAUUAUAACUAAACGUGUUUUAUUUGACAGAAAUGCGAUGGAAAAAAGGAUCCAGAAUACAAAAAAUUUUCAAUCGAUCCAAGUUUAACAUCACUUGACGUUCUACGUUGUUUAUUAUCAAGAGCUUUUCACAUUCCACAACAAUUUGCCAUAUCUUAUUUAUCGAAAGAUGACAAAGGAAGAGAAAGCUACCUCUCUUUAGUCUCCGAUUGGGAUUUAAAUAUGGCUUAUAAACAAUCAGAUCCAGCUUUAAAAUUAAAAGUUGACUUAAAACCAUUCGAAGAAGGCUUAGAGGAUUGGGAUGUCUCACCAGAACCAGAUAAUAGUACGGGUAAAGUGGCUAGUUUCCUCCAAAAUACAGGACUUCUAGAAACACUUCAAUCAACAGUAUUUAACGUCUCAAAAGUAUUCAAUUAUAAUAAAAAACAAGUUGAGGACAAUACAUCGAGGGAGAGACGCCCUCUUACAGAUGCAGAAUUUAGGGAGUAUUUGGAUUCUGUGGGUAAUUUAACAAGAGAUACAGAAUUUCGGAUGCACGUGUAUCAAAAUGGUGUUGAACAUUCGCUAAGAAAAGUUGUUUGGAAGCACUUGCUGAACGUUUUUCCUAGAGAAUUCAACGGUAAAAAAAGAUUCGAUUACUUGACAAAAAAGAAAGAGGAAUAUUCAAAAAUCAGGGAUGAAUGGAAGAGGUUACUAGAUAGCGAUAAUUGCUCAGAAAAUGUAAAAUUAGUUGCGAAUAUGGUUAGAAAAGAUACGCUAAGAACGGAUAGAGGUCAUCCGCUUUUUUCAGAUGACAGCAGUGAGAAUGUUAUAAGACUCUUUAAUCUACUUGUCACUUAUGCCUUGACUCAUCCCUCUCUGUCUUAUUGUCAGGGGAUGAGUGAUUUAGCAUCACCUCUUUUAUUGGUUCUAGAAGAUGAGGCACACGCUUAUAUUUGCUUUUGUUCUCUUAUGAGGCGUUUGUCACAAAACUUUGAUUUAAAAGGUUUAGUUUUAAAUAAGAAAUUCGAACAUCUUCAACUUUUACUUCGACGAAAGGAUCCGGAAUUCUUCUCCUAUUUAAAAUACCAGAAUGCUGACGAUCUCUUGUUUUGCUAUCGGUGGGUGCUGCUGGAGCUAAAACGAGAAUUUCCCUUAGAUAAUGUUUUAACAUUGCUAGAAGUCAUGUGGGCAAGUAUACCGCCCGAUUAUCCAAAUAUGAUGUUAGGUAUAAGAUUAUCUGAUUUAGAUUAUGAAAAAUCUUCAUUAUACAUGAAGCAAGCAAAUAUAAAGAAAAACGUUCUUAAUACUGCUUAUAAGAAAUUAAAAAGAAAGAAAUUGGAGUGUCAAGAUAUAGAUGGAUGUCGAUCAAUGGUGGAAGAUGUGAAAGCAGAGGAAGUUGUACCAAAAUUACCUGCCCCUGAUGAAUUUGGGUGCGAAAAUCCGUUUCUUUUAUUUCUCUGCUUAGCAUUAUUACUACAACAGAAAGAUGUUAUCAUUAAGAAAAGAAUGGAUUACAAUGAAAUAGCUAUGCAUUAUGAUAAAUUUAUUAGAAGUAACGAUGUUGAUAGUGUCUUAGAAAGAGCUAGAUUAGAAUAUUCAGCUUAUUUGAGAGAGCAGCAAAAUGGAAGUAAAAAAGUGUGAUUAAACAAUGUACAAUACUAAUUGCAUUUAAUGGUGAUAGAAGAAAAGAUUUCUUUAUCUCUCUCUCUCUCUCUCCGCCUCUGUUGAAUUUUCUUCAUAUCACACCUUCCUCCCUUCCCCACCCUCUACUUUCUUUUCAUAUCAUAUCCUGUCUUUUCUUUUGAAUCAUUUGAACUAACGUAAAAGAAAACCAUAUUAAUUUGUCAUUUAUA